UGAAUAUACUAUAUGUUUUGAUAAUAUGAAUGAAUAUUCCCUGAAAGAAAGAUAAUAUUUCUAUAUAGUUGAAUUCAUUAUAACUCAAUUAUUAUUUAUUAUUUAUAACAAAUUUAGUUUCCUCUAAUGAACAACAAUUAAAUAAUUCGAAUCAUAUUUCAACAUUGGAUUCAACGAAAUUUGAAUCUCAUAUAAAUUCUAAUGAUAAUAUUCAACAUCAAUUAGAUAUGAAAUUAGAUGAAAAUGCUAAAUUACUUGUUCAAUUACGUCAAGCACAAUAUGAUCGUUUAGGUCAACCAUCAAAUAAAAUUCAUCAAAUAAUAUCUUCAUCCCAACAACAACAGUCAAAUGAACCUCUUAAUGAAUAUGAUUUAGCUGAAAAGGUUCUUUAUAAUCUCAGUGAUAUGACACAUAUGUCAUCAAGUGGUCCCGAGCAAGUUAUAUCACCUGAAAUAAUUCGUCAUAACCUUGGUGUUAUUAUUCAUAAUGAAUUAUCAAACGUUGAUGAAUUGUAA